AUGUUAGAUGUAAUUAGCUCGAUUCCACCUCUGGUUCGAUCACGAAUAGAGGAAGUCCUCUCCCGUCAUGCGGAUUUGGAUUCUACCUCACUGCCAGGAGGCUACUUGCGGAUUUCGGCCCUCGACCCUAUUGCCCAGUCAGGACCUCAAUGUGGCCUUGUUGCACUCUCCAUGGCAAGCAGGCUCCUUCACUUGAAAAGCAUAGAAAUUAUUGAAAUUUUUGAGAAAGCUAGAAAGCUUGGAAUCAGUGCUCAAGGGGAAAUAUUUUCAGCUAGUUGGUUGUGCGAGCUGUCGCGAGCUUUAUGGCCUGUCUACGCAGAAGUUUUGCCAUUUCCCGAGCCCAACGAAUUGGUGCAGUUGCUGAUGAACGGUUGUGCCUUGUUGAUACCUUACGAUUGUGACAAAAAUCACGAACCAGCGCUGAGGAAUGGGCAUGGGGCUCACUGGGCACUACUGGUCGGUUUUCUUAUUGUAAAGGCGGAUAUGACGAGUCUGCAACCCGCAACAAGUGACACGAAGGUUGUUGAUACUAAUAAUCUCUACGUGUUCGCCUACCACGGAAAGAGCAGAUACAUGGGACUGUGGUCGUACACCGAUCUUCAACGAAGCUCUAAGCAGUUGAACGAGCCAAGUCCAAGUCGACAGCCUCCCGACUUUAUAAUUCCGGAAGACGGCCUUUCCCAGCUACGUGAAAAAUGCGUUUGCAUAAAGAAUAAGCCGUCUGUUAGUUAAUCAGAAUUUAUGUCUAUGCAAUCAAUACUAAUAACAUUGAUACC